AUGGAAAAGACCAGUUCAACCACGUCUGGAACUGGAAGCGCAGCUUAUCUGAAGGCUCUCACUCUUGAAAUCGAGAAAAAGCUGCAACGGGCACUAGCUUCUGCUUCUCAGAGACGCAACUUGUUACAAGAAUUGUUUGCUGACAUCGCUUUGGAAGUUGAUGAUCGUGCUCGAGGUAUAAUUUUCAGCUGGGAAGAAGAUGCAAUUUCUCCUGCAGAAGAUGCUGCUGAUGGCCGAUUGUGCUUUCACAAUGUGCUUGCUGAUUAUUAUGUUAGGAUACCUGAGAGUGGAAAGCAAAUCCUUGAUCUGAUUGUCCAACUCUGGAGCCAGUCAUUUGCAUCACAUAUUUUCUCUCUUUUGUUCCAUAAAUGGCUUUUUGAAGCCCAACUGGAUAAUACUGAAGUACUUCUACGUUUCUCAUCUGCUCUUGUUCAAGGUGCUACAAAUGUUUUCUGGAUUGACAUCCAAACAAACACAAGGCGCUUCCAGUCCCUAUUUCAGUACCUCCUUGAGGAAGUUGCCUUGGAGCCUAUGCGAUUGAACAAAAUUCCAGUGCAGGCCCAGCGAGAACUGUUUCUUUUACUCUCAAGGUUCAUGCUCUUUUACAACUCAGUUGACAAGCUUGAUAGCUUCUUAAAACAAUUUCCUACCUUUCCAAAUGCUUUCUUGGUUGGUGGUCCAGCAGACUUCUUUGUUAUUGAACUUGCAGAACAGCUUCAAAAGUUGAAGGUGGAACCCGUUCUUUUGCAUUACCUUUCACACAUUAAAGUUCUCCAAGGCAUGGAAUUGAGAAUGACCACAAGUACGAGAUUAAAGGCAUGUUUGUAUAGCUUCACUUCUCCUGGUGGUCCAAUGUAUCCCACAAGAGCUGUCCGUCAUGCCGCCUGGAAUGCUUUGGAUUUGCUUUUCCCUGUCGGACGAGCGAACUCAGCAAGUAGUGGUCUGAGUAAAGCGGGAGCAUUUGAUUCUUAUGCUAAAACAUUAACUCAUCCUAUCCUUGAAAAAACUGGGUCAACUCAAUUUAAGCAAGCCGGGCUAGAGCAUGUCUAG